AUGUCUAACAGCUCGCCUGUGAACACUGACAAGCUCCGCAGCCAUAGGUUCAAAGCACGUCAGAGAGCAUGGAAAAGACUUUGCAAGGAGUUAGAGCCCCUCGUGCGCGCAGGCGAAAUAAGAUAUAAUACGGUUCUUGGAGCCGGCGGCUUUGGUCUCGUACAGAAAUGGACUACGAAUCAGCCAAAGAUAAACGGGAGAAACCGCACUGUUGCCGUCAAAACAAGUGUUCAAGCCGAGAAGGAAACCUGUUUGAUGGCCCUAAAGCGUGAGAUAUUCUGGAUGAAGAAAUUUACAGGCUGCGAACACCUAGUACAACUAGUAGAUUUGCCAAACAAGACUACUACUCUUGAAAAUGUCAACAACGAGAAUUGCCCAGGGAUACCGAUUAUAGUUAUGGAGGAGUUCGGUUGUGGUAGUCUAGAUCUCCUGAUAAACCGCCUAUUUGACGUACGAGGGAUGAAUUUAAAAGUACCGGACGAGAGCGCCGCCACCAGAGUUCUACAAUAUAUCCCUAACAGAGCAUUAUGGAUGAUUCGGGCUGUAAUCGGAAUGGCUUACCCGCCAGAAGACCCUGAGUCUAGAAAGGGGAAAGUGAUUCGUGAAAGCAUGAACGACGUCAAGCCGGGUACGCGGCCGUCAAGAAUCAUCCACAGUGAUAUAGAUGUCUUCAAUACCUUUGUAGGGUACUCGAACAAGGAUGAGGUUCAAGCCAGACAGGAGGCAGAUUCCGAGCACGUUUGGCACCCGAUAGUCAAGAUUGCGGAUUAUGGAUGUAUGGUCAGAUGGGAUUAUAACUGGAACCGUGAAACAAAGAAAGCCUCUCUUUGGGGUAAAGCUGAUUUCAAGGCCCCAGAACAAUUUGAUCCAGACGGGCAAUUUGGCACUCACACCAAUAUUUAUCAAGUGGGACAAAUAAUGCACGAUCUUAUAACCCUUACUCCAGUCGACUACAAUCAUCGCAAGAUGAUGAGGAUAGAUACACAAUUCGGCCGAGUAUGGACGUACGGUGGCCGUCUGCUAGAAUUCCCCAGCGAGAAUAGGAGAAUCAGGCACAAUUGGAUCAAUGUCGAUCACGAGCUACGGGAGCUUGUAGCACUGUGUAUGGCUGUAGAUCCUAUUGAGAGACCUACGGUCGACCACCUCGAGACCAUCUGCGUGAGUCGCAUAGCUAAGAUGGACCUGGUAAACAGGCAAGUAAAGCUAGGGCAGGUACCAGAGAGCCCGGUAUGGGUGGCAGAGUCGCCGGAUGACGCCGUACAAAGAUACAAGCAGCGGGUGCCCCAUGGGCAGGUCGAGCCUGACACACUUCUAACGAAGUUCUAUAAUGAGUACUUCCUGGAGGAUUGGGAGACCCAUGACAAGUACGAGGAAUAUUGGGCGAACGAUACGCUUCAGACCCCGGACGUAGUGAUGGAAGAUGCUCCCUCUGUACGAGUUGAUCCUACCCCUCCAGCACCAAAGCCUCCAUAGCUAGAGCCCCCAGAGACGCUGCCGCAGCGGACUCAUGCCGAAAUGGGAUCAAUGAUAUUCAGCAUGGAUGCCCAUGACCAAUAAUGGUUUUGUAAUACUGUCCUUGGUUGAGAGUUGGGUUAGCUAGCUUUAAUGUCUAGAUUUGUUUCCCCUAUUAAUCAUCAGCCUGUCCAGAUGAUAAUCAGGGCAACUUCCCAGGUACCUGAAUUGUAGAUGCUUAGUUGUAUGUUCCUACAAUACAUACUAGUGUGAGACGUAUGAAAGUGUGGCUCAUUUGAUAUACCUCGUAAGGGACCUCGUAAGGUAUGGCAUAUUAUCAGUAGGCGAUCGUGGAUAUGACUUUCGAGGCAGCACAGAAUCAUUGUCAUGUUGUUACGCACGGUAUACUUAGGAGAGGUCUUCUGAGGUGUAGCAAGGCCAAAUCCAAUAUUCAUCAUGAAGAAACAUUGCGCUACAAUAGCUUGACCAGGCCCCCACGAGCCAGCGCGAAUGCAAGAUCUCGUGCUCUCAGAUCUGAUGUUAUUACGAAUGGAGUGCUACGUGAU